AGUCAGGUCAUCAACCAUCGCCUCCACUUUCAGAAAAUUCUACAGAAGUUUGAUGCUCAAGUUGGCUGAUACAUAAUGGUUAAUGCUACAAAGGGACUUUUCAUUUCAUGCGACAUUCCUAUGGCGCAGUUCAUCAUCAACUUUAAUGCUUCUCUGCCGGCAUCACAGAAGUUCAUCAUACACGUUUUGGACAACACUCACUUGUUCGUGCAGCCUCACAUGGCCGACAUGUUAAGGAAUGCCAUUGCAGAAUUCAGGGAACAAAACUCCUAUGAGAAGCCAACUUGAUGACUUCUUUCCAUUCUAUACAUUUCUCGGCCAGAUGAUUACAAUGAGGGAGACUUGGCCUACCUUUUUGUGUAACGUCAGUAAAAUUACAUUUUGCGGCUGGACAUGGCAGAGACACAAGAGCUUUUCGUCUGAAUGUAAAAUGCUCGUGUCUAGUUUCUAUAUUUCGAAACGGGCAAAAUUUGCCGCAAACGCUUGGAUUGACUUUACGUAAUGAGUCUCCCUUCGGCAUUGACAAAACCAA